AUUAAUAAUUGUGGUCUUCAGCUGGUUAUCCAGACCUCAUCAAUCACAGAUAAAAGCAAACCAUUUGAAUUCAGGAUAAAUAAAGAACACUCAUCUUUCAGCAAUAGAUUUCUGCAGCAUGAUCUGGAAAAGAACUAUUCAGAAAGGCAAGGAGACCAAAGAGUAUUAAGUCCAUUAGUGCAUAAUAAGCAGAUUUAUCUUCCAGUACCAUCCAGUCUGACAGAACUUUCUAGUUUGGAAUUGAAGCAGAAUGCAGGUUCUUUAUCAGGAUUUGGAAGUCACACACCUAGAAAAUCCAGAUCUUGACAAAGCAGCCACAGUGUUAGUUCGUGUGAUUCAUAUAACACACAUUUUGGGAGCAGUUCAUCAAUAACAUUUCCUGUAUUGCAACGGACAGCUGAAGAAAAAAUACUGAGCUCUGAUAGACUUACCCUGGAAAGACAAAAACUGACAGUGUGCCCAAUUAUUGAUGGGGAAGAUCAUCUUCGCCUUUUGAAUUUCCAACAUAACUUUAUAACCCGGAUCCAAAAUAUUUCUAAUCUGCAGCAUCUUGUUUUCUUAGAUUUAUAUGAUAAUCAGAUAGAGGAAAUAAGUGGGCUUUCAACUCUUAGAUCCCUAAGAGUCCUUUUGCUGGGAAAGAACAGAAUAAAGAAGAUCUCAAAUCUGGAAAACCUAAAAAAUCUUGAUGUUUUAGAUCUUCAUGGAAACCAGAUUACUAAAAUAGAAAGCAUCGGUCAUUUGAGUGAACUGAGAGUGUUAAACCUUGCCAGAAACCUACUAACGACUGUAGAAAACCUUAAUGGAUUGGAUUCACUCACAGAGCUCAACCUUUGUCAUAAUCAAGUCUCUGCUAUAAAAGAUGUGGAUACUUUGCCCCGUCUCCAGCGUCUCUUCCUCAGCUUCAACAAUAUAUCUAGUUUUGAGGAUAUUCUGUGCCUUGCUGAUUCCUCAUCUUUGUCAGAUAUCACCCUUGAUGGCAAUCCAAUAGCUCAGGAGACAUGGUACAAACACACUGUUCUCCAUCAUAUGAUGCAGCUCCGACAGCUAGACAUGAAGAGAAUCACAGAAGAAGAAAGACGUAUGGCAUCUAUUGCAGCAAGGAAAGAGGAAGAAAGGAAGCGUGAAAGCCAUAAACAGAACUUGCUUAAGGAAAAGAAGCGGUUAACAAUUUGUAAUAUUGCUCGUCAGUGGGAGAUACAGCAGAAUCAAAUAGCUCUGGUGGCUUCUUUAGAUCAAGAUAAAGAUAAUGAGCCCUGUCAGAUCAAUGGCAGUGCUGCGUAUGUAUUUACUGAAGAAAGCAGGUCUCUUGAUACCAUAUUGAGCAGUGCAGUACAAGGCUUGUCUGUUCUCGAGUCUCACUUAGUGGAAGUGGAAGGAGACACACUUUGCUUGUAUGGUGCUGGAGCGCUGGAGUGCCUGGAUCGAAACUGGAGUGUUCAAACAGCUGGAAUUAUUGUCACAGUCUCCUUUAUGUUCAUAGAAUUUGAUGAAAUUGUUCAAGUGUUAACAAAACUGAAGAUGAAAUUUCCUAAUUCUGUGCACCUGAAGUUUAAGGAGACAAAUCUUGUGACGCUGCAGCAGUUCAAUGCAUUAGCCCAGAUGCAUCGGAUUGAACAGUUGACAGUUGAUCCUCAGGGAAAUCCGGUUGUCAACUUUACUUUGUGGAAGUACUAUGUUCUGUUUAGACUGAACCAUUUUAAUCUACAGAAGAUAAAUGGAGUAAAGGUUACUGAAAAUGAUAUUAUAAUGGCAGAAAGGCUCUUUGGCAUUCUGGCAUAUGUAGCAUCUUCUGAGCUGCCACAUUAUCGUAUGCUUUCAUUAUUUGGAGAAUCUAGGAGGAAGCAAUUCCAUUAUCUGCUUGAGGGAAAGGGAAAGAAAUCUGGGAUUGGGAGUGAGGAAAGUAGUGAGAACAGAAGAAACGGAAGGGAAAGCACAGCUCGAGCAGCAUUGAAUUACACAAGAAAGGACUUUCUUCUGGAAAAGUUGGAGGAAAUCAAGGGAAAAAAAACGUUUUGCCAGACGUAUGUCGAGAACUUAGUGAAAGAAGCAGCUGACAUCAAUAUGAAGAAUGAGUCGUUGCAGAAGCUCUGGCCUCAGAUGUUCAUUGAGCUUGUCAGAGAUGCAGUGAUAGAAAUACGCAAUAAAAAUUCCUACAUGAAACUCUGCUUACAGCGGAUCACUGAUCAAAAACAGUAG